ACUUACUCAACAAGUUUAUCCCCCCCUGCUUUCGUCUUUUCGAUGUGCGUUUUCGGACAUGCGGAGGUUACUGGAACCGUGUUGGUGGAUUUUGUUCCUGAAAAUCACCAGUUCCGUGCUCCAUUAUGUCGUGUGCUUCCCCGCAUUGACUGAAGGCUACGUCGGGGACCUGCAUGAGAACAGACAGGGCAGCUCUGUGCAGAUCCGCAGGCGCAAGGCUUCGGGCGACCCAUACUGGGCGUACUCUGGUGCCUACGGUCCUGAGCACUGGGUCACGUCGAGUGUCAGCUGCGGAGGCCGUCACCAGUCUCCUAUAGACAUUUCAGACCAGCAUGCCCGUGUCGGAGAAGAAUACCAGGAGCUGCAACUUGAUGGCUUCGACAAUGAAUCCUCUAACAAAACCUGGAUGAAAAACACAGGGAAAACAGUCGCCAUUCUUCUGAAAGAUGACUAUUUUGUCAGUGGUGCUGGUCUACCUGGCAGAUUCAAAGCCGAGAAGGUGGAAUUUCACUGGGGCCACAGCAAUGGCUCAGCCGGCUCCGAACACAGCAUCAACGGCCGGAGGUUCCCCGUGGAGAUGCAGAUUUUCUUCUACAAUCCAGAUGACUUUGACAGCUUUCAAAGCGCAAUUUCUGAGAACAGAAUCAUUGGAGCCAUGGCCAUAUUUUUUCAAGUCAGUCCAAGGGACAAUUCCGCACUGGAUCCUAUUAUCCACGGGUUGAAGGGCGUCGUACAUCAUGAGAAAGAGACCUUCCUGGAUCCCUUCGUCCUCCGGGACCUCCUGCCUGCAUCCUUGGGCAGCUACUACCGGUACACAGGUUCUUUGACCACGCCCCCAUGUAGUGAAAUUGUGGAAUGGAUUGUCUUCCGGAAGCCUGUCCCCAUCUCUUACCAUCAGCUCGAAGCUUUUUAUUCCAUCUUCACCACGGAGCAGCAGGACCACGUGAAGUCGGUGGAAUAUCUGAGAAACAACUUUCGACCACAGCAGGGUCUCCACGACAGGGUGGUGUCCAAGUCCGCAGUCCGGGACGCCUGGAACCAUGACAUGGCAGACUUCCUCGACAACCCCCUGGGGACCGAAGCCUCUAAAGUCUGCAGCUCCCCACCCAUCCACAUGAAGGUGCAGCCCCUGAACCAGACGGCGCUGCAGGUGUCCUGGAGCCAGCCGGACACCAUCUACCACCCUCCCAUCAUGAACUACGUCAUCUCCUACAGCUGGACCAAGAACGAGGAUGAGAAGGAGAAGACGUUCACCAAGGACAGUGACAAAGACUUGAAAGCCACCAUCAGUCACGUCUCACCUGACAGCCUUUACCUGUUCCGAGUCCAGGCCGUGUGCCGGAAUGACAUGCGCAGUGACUUCAGCCAGACCAUGCUCUUUCAAGCAAAUACCACUCGGAUAUUCCAAGGGACCAGAAUUGUGAAAACGGGAGUGCCCACAGCCUCUCCAGCCUCUUCCGCCGACAUGGCCCCCAUCAGCUCGGGUUCCUCCACCUGGACAUCCUCCGGCAUCCCCUUCUCCUUUGUUUCCAUGGCAACCGGGAUGGGCCCCUCCUCCAGCGGCAGUCAGGCCACCGUGGCCUCGGUGGUCACCAGCACGCUCCUGGCCGGCCUGGGUUUCGGCGGCGGCGGCAUCUCCUCCUUCCCCAGCACCGUGUGGCCCACGCGGCUCCCGACGGCUGCCGCGGCCAGCAAACAGGCGGGCAGGCCCGUGCUGGCCACGACGGAGUCCCUGGCGUCCCCAGGGCCCGAUGGCGAUUCGGCACCGACCAAGGACGGCGAGGGCGCAGAGGAGGGGGAGAAGGAUGAGAAGAGCGAGGGAGAGGACGGCGAGCGGGAGCACGAGGAGGACGGAGAGAAGGACUCCGAGAAGAAAGACAAGAGCGGGGUGACCCACGCGGCCGGGGAGCGGAGCCAGGUGGAGACCAGCCCGACGCGCUCGGCUCCCGGCAGGACUGCCGAGCAGGGUGGCCACGAGACUAUACCUGGGCACGGGCAGGACCAGGCUGCCGUCGCCACAGAGGAGCCAGACGGCGCGAGGAACGUGGAUCCUGGCCUGGCCUCGGAUGCGGUCACCUCCACCCAAGUGCCCCCAGCAGUCACGGAGGAACAGUCCUGGAGUAACGCCAGGAGGCCCGAGAUGCCGUCCAAGAAGCCCAUGUCCCGGGGCAACCGCUUUUCCGAGGACAGCAGGUUUAUCACUGUCAACCCAGCAGAGAAGAACAGCUCUGGAAUGAUAAGCCGCCCUUCUCCGGGGAGGAUGGAAUGGAUCAUCCCUCUGAUCGUGGUAUCAGCCUUGACCUUCGUGUGCCUCAUCCUUCUCAUCGCUGUGCUAGUUUACUGGAGAGGGUGUAACAAAAUAAAGUCCAAGGGCUUUCCCAGACGUUUCCGUGAAGUGCCUUCUUGGGAGAGAGGAGAGAAGGGGAGCAGAAAAUGUUUCCAGACUGCUCAUUUCUAUGUGGAAGAUAGCAACUCGCCUCGGGUGGUCCCCAAUGAGAGUAUUCCUAUCAUUCCCAUUCCAGAUGACAUGGAAGCCAUUCCCGUCAAGCAGUUUGUGAAACACAUUGGUGAGCUCUACUCUAACAACCAGCAUGGAUUCUCCGAGGAUUUUGAGGAAGUCCAGCGCUGUACGGCUGAUAUGAACAUCACUGCGGAACACUCCAAUCAUCCAGAUAACAAGCACAAAAACAGAUACAUCAACAUUUUAGCAUAUGAUCACAGCAGAGUGAAGUUAAGACCCCUACCAGGGAAAGACUCAAAGCACAGUGACUACAUUAACGCCAACUAUGUCGAUGGUUACAACAAAGCGAAAGCCUACAUUGCUACCCAGGGACCUUUAAAGUCUACAUUUGAAGAUUUCUGGAGGAUGAUUUGGGAACAGAACACUGGCAUCAUUAUCAUGAUUACAAACCUUGUGGAAAAAGGAAGACGAAAAUGUGAUCAAUACUGGCCAACAGAGAACAGUGAGGAGUAUGGAAACAUUAUUGUCACCCUGAAGAGCACAAAAGUACACGCCUGCUACACUGUUCGUCGUUUCUCCAUCAGAAACACAAAAGUGAAAAAGGGUCAGAAGGGAAAUCCCAAGGGGCGUCAGAACGAAAGGGUGGUGAUCCAGUAUCACUACACGCAGUGGCCUGACAUGGGCGUUCCUGAGUAUGCCCUCCCGGUUCUGACUUUCGUGAGGAGGUCCUCGGCAGCCCGGAUGCCAGACAUGGGGCCAGUGCUGGUACACUGCAGUGCUGGUGUGGGCAGGACAGGCACCUACAUUGUAAUAGACAGCAUGCUGCAACAGAUCAAAGACAAAAGCACAGUGAACGUCCUGGGGUUCCUGAAGCAUAUCAGGACACAGCGCAACUACCUCGUCCAGACAGAGGAGCAGUACAUUUUCAUUCAUGAUGCCUUGUUGGAAGCCAUUCUGGGAAAGGAGACUGAAGUAUCUUCAAGUCAGUUGCAUAGCUAUGUGAACAGCAUCCUGAUACCUGGAGUGGGAGGAAAGACUCGACUGGAAAAGCAAUUUAAGCUGGUCACACAGUGUAAUGCAAAAUAUGUGGAAUGCUUCAGUGCUCAGAAAGAGUGUAACAAAGAAAAGAACAGAAACUCGUCAGUCGUGCCAUCGGAGCGUGCUCGAGUGGGUCUUGCACCGUUGCCUGGAAUGAAAGGAACAGAUUACAUUAAUGCUUCUUACAUCAUGGGCUAUUAUAGGAGCAAUGAAUUUAUUAUAACCCAGCAUCCUCUGCCACACACUACGAAAGAUUUCUGGCGGAUGAUUUGGGAUCAUAAUGCACAGAUCAUUGUCAUGCUGCCAGACAACCAGAGCUUGGCAGAAGAUGAGUUUGUGUACUGGCCAAGUCGAGAGGAAUCCAUGAACUGUGAGGCCUUUACCGUCACCCUUAUCAGCAAAGACAGACUGUGCCUCUCUAAUGAAGAGCAAAUUAUCAUCCAUGACUUCAUCCUCGAAGCUACACAGGAUGACUACGUCCUCGAAGUUCGGCACUUUCAGUGUCCCAAAUGGCCGAACCCAGAUGCCCCCAUAAGCAGUACCUUUGAACUGAUCAAUGUCAUCAAGGAAGAGGCCUUAACGAGGGAUGGCCCCACCAUCGUUCAUGACGAGUAUGGAGCAGUUUCAGCAGGAAUGUUAUGUGCCCUUACCACCCUGUCCCAGCAACUGGAGAAUGAGAACGCUGUGGAUGUUUUCCAGGUUGCAAAAAUGAUCAAUCUUAUGAGGCCUGGUGUCUUCACAGACAUUGAACAAUACCAGUUUGUCUAUAAAGCAAUGCUCAGCUUGGUCAGCACUAAAGAAAAUGGAAACGGUCCCAUGACAGUGGACAAAAAUGGUGCUGUCCUAAUUGCCGACGAAUCAGACCCUGCCGAGAGCAUGGAGUCUCUGGUGUGACUGGAACCCUGCAAGGGCGCUUACUUUGUAAACUUCUUGAAGACUGAGAACUUUUUUGAGGCCUUUUUUGCCAGACUCUAGGUUAUACAAUAACCCAGUUACUUUUUUACACUGAUAAAAGUUUUGAUAUUUAUUUUUUGCCAUUUUAUGUCUUAAUGGUAUCCUACUGAGCAUUUGCACCUCUGUUCAUUUCACACAGUGAAACAGUUUUACCUAGUUUGCACUAUCUGAUCAGUGUUACUGCCUAUAAUCUAAUACUAAAGCAAACCCUGACGUGACAUUCCAUGAUAGUACACGCUACUCUUUUAGUUCAGUACAGUGCAGGUCUUUGUUCUGACAGUGAAUCUCGAUUUUACUUUGAUUACUGCUAAAGCGGUUGCAUUCUACUAGCAGGCAAUGCUCGACUUGUCCUCAGUCAUCCUCUCCUGGUUUUUUUUGGUUGUUGUUGUUCUCGUUGCUGUUGGUUUUGUUUUUGUUUUGAGGCAUUGCUCAAUACUGUAUGCCUUCUGUAUUUUAAAGGAGUGGAUAAGCAUUUACUUUUGCAGAACAACAGGCUACCGAAAGCUCCAAGGAUGGUCUAGUGAGGUCGUGGCCUUGAAGACAGUUCCACUGACAGGGUUAAGAGAUUCCAUAGGACAUUAGAAGGCUUAAGGAUUGCUUCAGAUGAACACUUCCUAUUAGUUGCAAAGUUAUAUUCAAAUCUUAAAGAUUAUGUCAAAAUAAAAGACAACUCUGUAUUAUGGCUUUCACGGUAGCUAUGUGGACAGUGUGUGUUAUUUCCAUGUUGACUCUGAAGUAGCUGCACCCUCAAUUCAGGGCUGUCUGAAAAUAGAGAGAUGGGAAUAUUUUACACAGCUGUGAAGCCCUUUCUUUACUCUUCACUAAGGUUUCUUGGCUUAUAAUACCAUACCUCAUGACAGAUAGAAGAAUGAAAACUUUUUGCUGUAUCAUUUUGAAACUAGUCCUCUAAGAGUUCCCUAUUGCUCAUAUAGAUGUCUAAUAAAAACUACCUAUGUAGUCAAAUUCUUUCCUUUCCUUUUUGCCAAAUGUCUCAUACUAAAUAUCUGGAUCCCAUACAUUCUACUAUUUCAGCUUAAAUUGAAAACACUGUAUUAGCAAGACUCUUGGGACUAGCUACCCUCCUACACAUAGCAAACCUGAUUUGGAGAAAAAAACCAGAAUCAUGGAAGCAGGGAAAAGUGUUGCUAUAAAUGUUCAAGCAAUUUUUUUAAAAGAGACAGUUUUGUAUGCUUUUGUGUACUUUAGCCUCAAGAACAGACACACUAGAGGAAAAGACGCCUGUAAUCGGUAGAGCCCAAGGAAGUGAUGUGACUUAACUUCGGAGCUAUAUUCACGCUGCAGUAUGUAAUAGGAAAAUUCAAAGCAUGUCUAGGAAAUGUCAGUAGAAUCUGUUAGAAAUGUAAGCUACUUACUGUGAUUCAUUUCUUCCACUGCAUGUUUGCUUUUGAGGGAUGGCUUCCAACAGAAGCGAAAUCCUCUCCAGAACUGGGCCUGUUAAGAAGAAGAGGAUUUUGCUUAGUUUUUAAAUGCCUAGUAUGGCAGUAAACUUCAACAAAGAGGCCACAGUGGCUGCCAUCAAACUAUGUGAGUAGGCAUUAAAGCAUUAAUGAUGAUCAGCACCGGGGAAGUUUUUCAGAAUGGUGUUGGGGGACCAAAGAGAGAGUCUACAGGCCAAGUGCAAGAGUUCACGUGCACAGGCCAGGUCAACAGAGUUCUCAAGACCUGCCUAGCCUGCUAGGUUAAGUUCACUUUUUCAUUACACAGAUUCACCCAUGCGAGAGUCUACAUUUCAAAAACUGUAUGUGUCUUAAGAAAAAGUGUUCAGGUGUUCCUAGUUUGUUACAUUAGAGGUGCUAGAUGACAUGGAUGCCUUUUCUGUCUCCCUGCUCCCACCAGGGGUGAGAGAGAAAGCUCCAUCUAACACAGGAAAGCUUGAACCUAGGAACAUGACAUCUGCCAGAAGGCAGAGGGGGAUUGGAAGGCAAAGGUUUCAGAUUCUGGCCAGAGCUGAACUUUUUAGCCAAGCAAGUGAUUUUAGCUGUUCAGAGUAUGGAAUUGCACUUGACAUCAGGAAGUGACACAGAAGUCCCCCUGUACCUUUUUUCCUCAUAAAAGUAUCCAUUAGCUGGAAGACAGGUAGCACGUAUUCCCUUCUGAACUCAAUUCAUGGAAAUGCCUACCCUCCAACACAAAUCUGUGACUCUCUUAGUAUCAGAAUCAUGAUAAACAGACAGCCAGUAAGGUGGAUAAAUGCAUUAUUAAGAUGGUUGAGAAGUUCUCUGUGAGCAAUUUCUGUGUCGACAGCAGACUUGAACCACAGCCUACAAAUGCUGACCUGCUGGCCUACGGAGCAGUUGCUAUUUGCGCAUCUUGCCAAAAGAAUCCAAACACACUUCAAUGAGGACAGUGACAUUCGGCAGUCCCUCACUCGCACCACAGAGCAUAUCACUAGUUACUGGCAAAAAGAUGCUUCUGUCUUUCCAGAGGCAGAGAGUUUCAAAGACAACAGUGUCUUUGAAACACAAGCACACUGCUUAGUAAAUAAGGUUAUCAUCACUUGCACUCGGGGGGGAAGGAAAUAGCUACUGCAAAUUAACGUGUGCUUUCUUAUAAAUGAAGAUGAAUUAGUGUACAAAUUUAGUUCUAGACAAACAGAAAAAUCUGAGUUGCAAUGAUGACACCAAGUAGCCAUGCUGGACAUCAGCAAAGAGACACCUGUUGCCUUCAGAAGAGUUCUUUCUUGCAUCUGACCACCAUGAUACCUCUAAAAGGUAACAUCUAGAUUUGAAGGAGGAUAAGUUCAAUUGGUUUUCCUAAUUUUUAUGCCUUGGAGUUUUUAUAGUCCGUUUCAUGUACAAAGUCCAGCAAGGUCAAAGAAAGUGUUUAGGCUGUUGGGAUUUUGAGCCCAGAGUGACAUAGUGAAAUCAAUAAAUAACCUUACUUAUUUUAUAAGAACACAGCACAACUGCCUUGUUAUGACUUUUUUAACGCAUAUAUAUUGUAUUUAAAACUAAAAUACAAAUACCAAUUUACCAAAGAUACAUAUUACUAAUUCUAAGCAAAAAGAAUUUAAAAACCCAAACUCACCCUAAUUUCCGAAAAAAUAAUCAAAACAUAAACUUUAGUGGUUAUAAUGGAAAAUGCAUUUUCAACUCCUACAUUCUAAAAGUGGUGUUCAAAUGGUGCCAGUGAAUUUUUAUAUGAAGGGAAAAAUGCCUGCUUUUUUUUUUUAACAGCUCUAAUUACAUUUAACCCUUUGCACUUUCCCUUUGUUGUCAUUUAACAUACAGGACAUCAGCUUUUCUUAUCUCUAGAAAGAAGGCAUGCUACAAAUAGAAAGGAAUUGUAAUAAUGAUAUUUGGCCACUACUUUGUCUUAGCUGUUAAACUGUUUUUAGUAUUUUUGUUAAAUAUUUGCAAAGGGAAGCAUUUUCUACAGAGGAUAAUUAAUUUCAAGAAAAAUAUCUUGAGUUUUACGAAAUAAACAUCUCCAAAAAAGGAGACAGUCAAUUUUAUAAAAUGUCGCAACUCUCCAACAUUUGGGGUAGUGACUCCUUUUUUGUUAAGGCGUUUGAAACUAGCAAGCAGCCAUUGUUUCUAAAGAAUCCAGCCUUCAUGUUGACUCCUGUUUCGUUCACUUCAUUCUGAAAUAGCUAAAAGUCAUUAAAACUGUAAAUAUUUUGUUGCUUGGGUAAACAUCUUCUGGGAACUUUGUAUCUAUGGUAUAUAAUCAUAGAAUUUUAUAUUUUCAUAUAAAGCUAAUUUUUUUCUAGUUUCAACUCUGUCAUAGUUUUUUUUUUUUUCUUUUCGUGGUGGAUAUGUGAAUUCAACUUUCUGUGUAUUGAAGUAGCAAGAACCAUCUUUGCAUUCCCAAAGAAUCCAACUCGUGUUAUUUCUUUGAGGCAGUGAUUGUGAAAGUUGGGUUUUCCUUUUUAAUUCAAUUACCAUUUGUGCAAUAGGAAUUAGACAUAAUUAGUCACUGAAUCCAUCUGUUGCAUUGACCCAUAUUGAAAAAGUGAUUUUUUUUUCAUUUGUUCCAAGGGGGGAGGGGUUUUGUAACCUGAAAUUUUUCCCUUUUUUCUUCUGUUUAAAACUAUAUCAAAUCAUUCUAUUAUAGUGUUAUUUAAUAUGUAAAUUGUAUUGCUAUACAUAAAAUAAAGUAUGGUUUUUGAUGUA